AAGGCCAAGACCCGGGAAAGGAUUGAAAGAUACUGGUGGCAUCCAGCCCUCAAAGCUGUGUGCGACCAGUAUGUCCAGGACUGUCAAACGUGCCAAGCCUGUAACCAAAGGCGGGGAUUCAAGAUAACCAAAGGACAAUUCCCCGUGCCCCAGCUCCCAUUUCAAGAAAUGUACAUUGAUUUCACAGAUAUGGGACAAGAGAACAGAGUUGACGGAAAACGGUUUAUGUUAGUAGCCGUCGACAGGUUCACUAGAUGGGUAGAAGCAAUUCCGGUUAAAAAAGAGGAUGGGAAAACAGUCAUCAAAUGGUUAACACAGGAACUCAUUCCCCGCUGGGGAUACCCAAAGCUUAUCUGCUCAGAUAAUGGUACCCACUUCGCCAACGCCCACCUUCAGGAGGUGGAAACAUACAUAGGACUCAAACAUAGAUUUGGCUCAGUAUAUCACCCCCAAUCGCAAGGUCUGGUAGAGCGAGCAAACCAGACAAUCAAAAAUCAAUUAGCAAAAAUACUCAGAAGCAACAGACUGGAGAAAUCUAGGGACAGCACAGAGGAGGUAGAAACUCGAACCUUAGGACGCAUGCAGGUGAAUCAGCUGACAGGGAAAGUUAAAGAAAAGACAGCAGGGAAGAAGAUGACCUGGGUGACAGCUCUGCCAUUGGCAUUAAUGGCCAUAAGAUCCUCUCCCUCUAACACCACCCUUCUCAGCCCCCAUGAAUUAGUCACAGGACGUCCCAUGCAAGGACCAUACAGCCCACCAUCCAAAGGACCCCCAUCUGACAGGUUUGAUGAAGUAAUGCAGGAGUACCUGCAAGCACUAACUCAAGCUUCUUUAAGGUUGUAUUCCCAGAUCACAGACCAGAAGCCGUCCGAUCCAGAGGAUCCUUCACCAACGUCGGUGACACCUGGCGAGUGGAUCUGGGUGAAAAAACACCAUCGAAAGAACCUAGAAGACCGGUGGGAGGGGCCAUACAAGGUACUCUUGGCCGCACCCUUUUCUGUUUCCGUAGAGGACCGACGUGGGGCCCAGUGGCACCACCUGAGCCGGUGCCACAAAGCAGAUACUCCUGGCAGAUCGUGGACUGAGACCCUGACCGACCUAGCUGCACUCCAAGCCAAGGACAAACACUCCUCAUCCCAAGACGAUGGGCCACAGCGUGCCCCUGGAAAAGUACCUGGUAGGAUUCCUUCUGGUAGUCCUGUUCCAAGAAGGAGCGGGAGACAACAUCGCCAGGUACCCACCGCUUAAACCAACAACAACAGGUCAGGUCUCGUUAAGGUACUGUCGAGGGAUAGAAAGUAUCUUUGAGCUGAAUUUUUGUGAGAUGCUGCCCUGUGGAACCAGGAUGGACCGGGUCUACCAGGCAGAAAAGUACAUGUGCGUAAGUACCAGACAAGACGGUAGCCACAUAAGAAGUUAUUCCUGCGAAGAGUGGUCUCAGGCAUCGUGGCUUACCCAUCCUGGGUACAAGGAGGGCUAUUAUCCCCUGAGGUCCAGCUACAAGGAAAUCCAAAAGGGAAUCUCCCUUACCAGAAGAUUAUAUGGCUAUAAGGAAGUCUGGAGCGAUAAUGGUCUAGCAGUCAAGGGAGAGUCGAUAUUCAUAAAGUUAAGGGCAGAUUUACUCAUUCCCGAAAACAGAUCUCAUAAGACAGACAAAGGCCUGGUUUUUUUUCUAACGUUAAGGGCGGAUACUUAUGGGCAUGACCUAAAAGUAGUUAUCCAUCUAUCAGGAUAUGCAUGGGGGCCCAAUAAAUUUCCACCUAAAGGGACGUAUGAUUCCUUAGAAGCGCCAAAUCUCUCAACACCUCCGGUAGUGCACCCAAAUGAAGGGACGCACGAAGAAUAUUGGGAGGUAAAGACGGGUGAGCUUGAUCAGAACAUGUGGUUCAAAUGGAUGAACUACACGGCCCGGGCCCAGGGCAAGACCAACUGCAUUAUCUGUGCCGCCGGCCGCCCCUCCUUGACCACAGCCCCCGCUAGAAUCACCCCGCAUAAUUCACCACAAGGUUUUGUCUGUCUAUUGGAAUUGUUCGUGGACGGCCACAUCCCAGGGUGCUCAAUUACAAUAAAAUCCAGAGUAAAUAACAUGUAUCCUCAGACCCCGAUUAGAUCUAUACCCCCCAGAUUUGAAGUUAAUUUAACUCCGGACUAUCAUUGUAUCACAGGAAGGGGAACAGGGAGAAAGGUGGGAACAUUUCCUCUUGACUCUUGUAACACCACUAGAGAGAUAAAAUUGUUGUCCAAUAUGACUCGUGCCCGUAGUGAUAUAUGGUGGUUCUGUGGAGGUCAGAUCCUCAGGGGAGUUCUCCCCUUUGAAUUCUCAGGAACAUGCGCAAUCAUACAGUUAAUAAUGCCCAUCAACAUUUUGCCCAAUAGCAAGACUGUGAUGGAUCUCACAUUAUCCACGAGCGGUGGUCUCCCGGAUUUGACCCGUCGGAAACGGGAGUAUGCACCAGUCCCGGGUAGUUUUGAUAAAAACAUAUACAUAGACGCAAUAGGAGUACCCCGAGGAGUUCCCAACGAACAUAAAGCCCGGAAUCAGAUAGCGGCAGGAUUCGAAACGAUUCUAUUUUGGUGGUCUACUAUUAAUAAAAAUGUUGACUGGAUAAAUUACAUAUACUAUAAUCAACAACGGUUUGUUAAUUUCACAGAAGAUGCGGUCAAAGGACUGUCCGAACAAUUGGAUGCCACCUCCCGGAUGACAUAUCAGAAUAGGCUAGCCUUAGAUAUGUUAUUAGCAGAACGAGGAGGGGUGUGCGGGAUGAUAGGGGCAACAUGUUGUACUUUUAUCCCCAAUAACACAGCACCAGAUGGGUCCGUGGCCAGGGCGUUGGCCGGACUACGAUCCCUCAAGUUGGAGUUGGCCGAGAACUCCGGUAUUAGUGACCCAAUAGCUGGAUGAAUGGAGAACCUGUUUGGUAGGUGGAGAGGCAUGAUCCAGUCAGUACUCAUCGCGGGAAUAAUGGCAGUAGCCGUGUUAGUUGUUGUCGGCUGCUGUUGUAUUCCCUGCGCACGAGGGCUACUGAAUCGGCUGAUCACCACAGCAGUGGGCGCUACAGAAGUGCCAGGUGACAUUCAUGCUUACGUAGGAAUCAGAUAUAAUCCGUUGAACUUGGAUGAGAUACCACCUGAGGGACCAGAACUUAUCCAGUUACAAUAUAUAGAAUAAACGCCACCAUUUGUAGCACCUGUGUCUAAGAUAAUCAAUAUCCUGGAUUUACUUGAAUAAUUAAUUAUUGAACCACCAAGACGAGUUGUGUUUGUUGUUAUAUAGUAUUGUUUGGUUGCAAGUGCAACCCGUUAUUUCUGUAUCGCUGCAUUGAUAAUGGUACUGUUGAUCUUCUUUGAGACGGUUGUUUACAGGCCACCUGUUGCUGACACGAUGACGAUGGAGAACCUGUUUGGAGGCUCCCAUGAUGUAAAAGUAACCUCUCUGAGCUGAACCCUUGACAAGGAGGGACGAGUCUUGGGUUCAUGAAUUGAAGACCCGACGGCGACAGAAGAAACAAUGGCUACGAUAAUAACAACGCCCAAAACCACCCACAUGAAACAGCGCACCAAUACACGAAGAUCACCUGAACCACCCAAAUCCAUGCUAGCCUAUCAAUCAUUUUGAAUUUUUAAAAUUGUAUUAUGACUACAAAUUUUUACUUUACUUUUGCACAUGUUGAAAAUUGUAUGACCUUGUAGCACAUAACCAAAAGUAUUAGCUCAGGAUUUCUAUGGAUACUUUUGUUUGUGUGCUGUUUGACCAUAUGAUUGUAUGAUAACAAGAUAUAUGUUCAUUGUUGUAUUGUUAAAUAAUGACCUGUAUUUCCUAUGAGAGCCACAAUGUGAAUGCCGUUUCAGUAUUAUGGGGACGCGUAGUGUUUUUUCUCUAUUAAUGGAGUUGUUCCCACACGGUUGAUGGUGUUGAUGAUUUAUCCUACUUUGACUAUGUUUUCGGUGUGGUAAAUGGUGUUUAUGAUUUAAAAUAUUAUUGUAUGGUCAUCUGAGAUGACCAAGGAGGGAUUGUUACGUAUUUUAAGAACACAAGCUGUAUUUCCCUCACUUAACCACUAGGAAGUAGGACCAAACAUAUAAGCCGUAAAUACUAUACAUAGCCACAAGGGGA